AUGGGAGAAAACGAUCGAUUAAAAAUUCCUUCAAUUCCAAUUGAAAAGCCGCGCCAAGAUAUUUUAAUUAUUAUUCGAGAUGACUUGGAGACUAGCUUUCGGUCUGAGCAGUGUUUCUAUGAAGUUCCUUCAGCACUUCGUGAUAGAAAGGAAGAUGCCUACACUCCUCGAGUAAUCUCUAUAGGCCCUAUUCAUCAUUAUAGCGAAAAAUUGGUGGCUAUGGAAAUUCAGAAACGGAGAUAUCUGAAAGAAUUUUGUAGACUGAGAGUGGAAAGGGAGCAAGAAGGACAUUUGGAAACACUUUUGAGAACCAUUUCAGGUCAAGAAGAUCACAUACGCCGUUGCUAUGCAGCUGAUUCCUCGAAGCUUAGCGGCGAUCAGUUUGUGAUGAUGGUUCUGUUAGAUGCUGUAUUCAUCUUCGAGCUCUUCUUGAGGAAUGAAGAAUACCUGGGUGAUAGCAGCAAAUAUCAAGACGAUUUUAUAAUAGGCCAGCCCUGGUUGAGAGCUGCGAUUCGACGGGACUUGAUAUUGCUUGAAAAUCAGCUGCCAUUCUCUACUCUCAAUGAAUUAUAUGAUUGUGCGAUGAGCGAGACCGCUUGCAAACCUUUCAUGUACCUUUCCUGCCGGUACUUUGACAAGUACAAAAAGAAUUCCGAGCCCAGCAAAAAAAUACUACAUUUCACAGAUUUGGUGAGAUGUUUUCUAUCAUUCAAGCACCCGGAUUUAAAAAUUGACAAGGCAGAACCGAUAAAAACUCUCUCGAAAGGUCAGACACCGCUUUCAGAUAAGAAAGGUAAGUUAAUUAUGCCUUCCCUUGAAAUAGACAACAAUACCGAAUGUCUCCUCCGAAACCUCAUUGCGUUGGAGCAGUUACAUUAUCCAGGAGAAGAGUACAUUUGCCGUUAUGUUAAGCUACUAGAUUUUCUCGUGGAUCUUGAAAACGAUGUGGAUUUGCUCAUCGAAAAUAAAGUUAUUGUUAGCAAGCUAGGUGACAGUAAAGCGGUGGCGGAGCUUAUUAACGGACUUUGCCGGGAAAUGGUAGAAGUUUCUUCCACUUUUGACCUUCUGUCCAAACUGCUGAAUGAUUACUAUGAGAGCUCCUGGAAUAAAAACAAGGCGUACUUGGUAAGUGUGUACUUCAAAAAUAUUUGGACAGGAACUGGAACUGUUGUUGGAUCUCUCAUCCUGCUCGUCACCUUGACAUGGUUUAUCCUAUAGCUUCUACGUUAUUAGGUCACUACGUUUUCUGGGAAAAGAGUGGUUUGAAGCUUCUAACAUAUGUAGUUUAUCACUUCUGUUAAUCGUGACGUGUGUUGCGCCAGUGCUUUUAGAUUUUGUUUUUCGUUUGAUGUUAUGAAGUUUCGUCAUUCGUGCUGUAAUUCGUGGUUAAUCAAUAAUUAUGGUUUGCAUCAAAA